AUGAAACAGCCCCUGAUCCUGUCCCUUCUCCUGCUGGGGACAAUGUCUGCUUUUCAUCUGGAGACUACUCAUCCCCACCUGGAGAACCCAAAGAAAGAGCCAGACCUGUGGCAGGAUUCAGGUGAUUCGAGGGACCAGGGAGGCGAUUUGGUUCUGACCCAAGAGACAAAGACAAUGCAAACAGAGGGAGAGGAGGCUGAUGGUGCUGAACAUCAAGACACCUUUGAGGAUGAGGAGUCCGACCCAGAUGCCUUAGACAAGGACUCAACAUGCCCCAGCAAAGAGGACACAGCUCAUUUGCAGGGAACUCCUGGGUGCAAGAGCUGCCACUAUGUGCUGGUGAGGACUCCCAGGACAUUUUAUAAAGCCCAGAGUGUCUGCAGGAGAUGCUACCGAGGCAACCUUGCUUCCAUCCACAGCUACAGUUUCAACUUCCAAAUUCAGUCCUUGGCCAGGAAGAUCAACCAGUCUCACAUCUGGAUUGGAGGCAUCCUCAGGGGAUGGUUCUUCUGGAAGAAGUUUAGGUGGACUGACGGGAGCUGCUGGGAUUUUGGAUACUGGGCCCCAGGGCAGCCUGGGAAUGGUGGAGGGCACUGUGUGACUCUAUGCUCCACAGGGGGCCAUUGGCGAAGAGCUUCAUGCAAAAGUCGCCUGCCUUUCAUCUGCUCCUUCUAAGCUGGAGGGAGACCCUACCUUGGAACCUCCGGCCCUGGCUGCAGUCAUCCCAUCCUUUGGCAUUUAGUUCUGUUCCCUGUCUCUCCUGGUCAUAAAGUCACGCUUCCCACUCCAUCCCCUAAAUCUUGUUUCUUUCUUUCCUUCCUGGAACUUGCUCUGUAGACCAGGAUGGCCUCGAACUCACAGAGAAUCGCCUGCCUCUGCCUCCCGAGUGCUGGUAUUAAAGGUGUGCGCCACC